AUGUCUGAGAAAUACGAACAUCUCCAUACCAAAAAUAUCGAGCUGGAGCAUGACUACUGCACGCUGAAGCGUAACUGGGAGAGGACUUAUCCUCAGGGCUUCCAACAUGACUUUACCCAGGGUGCUGAUCAUACCCAGCCAAACCAGCCAGUGCACUCCCGUCAUAGUGCCCCAGUCCAAUCUAGAGUCAGCCAAGGUAAAGGUCCCUUCCAUCUAGAGACGACCAUAUCACGGCUCCUUCAUAUUUCCCCAUCAAAGGACCGGCCCCAGGAACCAGUCAAUAUCUAUAGAGAUUUCAGGGACCGUCAGCCAUACCCUAUCCCUAUUCCUAUUAAUCUCAAAGACCCAAGGGUGGCACACCUAGGCCCCCCACCGACGCCAACCCACCUACUUCCUGGAGAAGGUGCAGGGGGCUUAGAUAACUGGGAACAUUACCAUCCAGACGACUGGGAAUCGUAUCACACCAAGGCGUUCGAGGAAUGGGAACCUUACUCAAACCCUGCUCACCCACAGCCUAGGCCUUUAGCACCUAACACUCUCCCUCAUGCCGACUCGGCCAUGAGGCUUCUCUUUGAGAAGGUUAGCCGUCUGGAGAGUGAGCAUCACCGCAGCCACCAGCGCCUCUGGGCGAAGCCACAACCCCGGUCUGCCCUCGGAUGCAAGGGCCUUAGUGACGAAGGAAUGUGCCUCAUUUUCCCUUCCACCCUCAGCGGCGCGGCCCUGAAUUGGUUCUACAGGCUAAACCUGAGCACCAUCAACUCAUUUGACAGUCUGAAGCAGGUCCUGAGCUGGUUACUCUCCAUGAAGACAUCCCAGAUCGACAAGUCCGGAUCGACACCUCCCUCUCACAAGAGCUUCGCUCUGAUCUCGUUGCCUUCCUCCGCCUCAACUCUAAGGUCUUCGCCUGGUCUUACAAUGACAUGCCUAGCAUAUCACCAGACAUCAUAUCCGAUCGGAAAAAAAAGGUGGACUAUCCCUCAUGGCUAA